AUAAAGGGUGUUUAUUAUGGGGAAGCAGAGUAGUCAUUCCUCAAAGAGGACGCAAAAUUGUCCUAGAUAUGCUACAUGCAGCCCACCCAGGAAUUGUGCGCAUGAAAGCUCUCGCAAGGAGUUAUGUCUGGUGGCCCAGAAUUGGCACAGACAUAGAAGAGGCCGUACAUCUGUGUGUCACUUGCCAGAACUCUCGUCACAGCCCCCCUGCAGCUCCAGUGUUUCCUUGGGAGAUUACGAAAAAGCCUUGGUCUCUACUUCAUAUUGAUUUUGCUGGACCAUUCCAGGGGAAGAACUUUCUUGUAGUGGUAGACUCUUUCUCAAAAUGGUUAGAGGUCAUCCCAGUGUCAUCUCAGACAUCAGCUGUGACAAUUUCAACUCUACGCCAGCUGUUUGCAACACACGGAAUACCAGAUGUUAUUGUAUCAGACAAUGGGACUGCUUUUACUUCUGAGGAGUUUAAGACCUUUACCAAUAACAACUUAAUAAGGGCAGUAACCAUUGCUCCACGUCGACCUCAAGGAAAUGGACAAGCUGAAAGAAUGGUUCAAACUGCAAAGGAUGCACUCAGAAGGAUUACUAAUGGGGACUGGUCAACAAGACUUGCACGAUUCCUUAUAGCUCAGCAUGUUACCCCAUGUCCUACCACAGGUAUCAGCCCUGCUGAGCUUCUGAUGGGGCAGCGACUUAAAACAUGUCUUGAUCGUCUUAAUCCAGAUCUAACUGAUGAUGUAGAAAGGAAACAGCAACAGAGCCUGGAUUCAGCCCUAUCCUCCAAGACUCUAUGUACAUUUGCUUCUAAUGAUCCAGUGUAUGCCAGGAAUUAUGGAGCUGGUCCAAAGUGGGUCCCUGCAGUAAUAACUGAAGUUACUGGACCUGUGUCAUACAAGGUACAUUGUGAUGACGGGCAAGAGUGGCACCGUCAUGUUGAUCAGUUGCGGAGGCGUCUUCAGCCAAGUAACAGUACCUUAAUGGAGAGCAUGGGUUGUCCCAAGGUGGUUCCUAGUGACUCUCUUCCAGAUGAAGUGGCUACCCCAUGCAGCCAAGGGACCAAUGAAACCAGUAUUCCACCAAAGAAUCACUCUGCUCCUAUAGAGAACUGUGAUAACUCCUCCCAAGAUGUCUCUUGUGGUCAGACUUCUGGUUAUGAACGGCCACAACGCAACAGGGUGCCUCCAAAGUGGAUGGACGAUUACGUUAGCUAG